CGGCGCGCAGCGGUGACGUUUCGGAGGGCGCGCCGUCGGACGCACCGCGCAGGCGGGAGCGGCGAUGCAGUAGCGGCGGUUGGGGUGGUCGCGGCCUGGGCGGUCACCAUGACCCAGCAGGGCGCAGCGCUGCAGAAUUAUAACAACGAACUGGUCAAGUGCAUCGAGGAGUUGUGCCAGAAGCGGGAGGAGUUGUGCCGGCAGAUCCAGCAGGAGGAAGACGAGAAGCAGCGGCUGCAGAAUGAAGUGAGGCAGCUGACCGAGAAACUGGCUCGCGUCAACGAGAACCUGGCCCGCAAGAUUGCCUCUAGAAACGAGUUUGACCGGACCAUCGCGGAGACAGAAGCCGCCUACCUCAAGAUCCUGGAGAGCUCGCAGACUCUGCUUAGUGUCCUGAAGAGGGAAGCUGGGAACUUGACCAAGGCCACAGCCUCAGAGCAGAAGAGCAGCGGAGCUAAGGACAGCUGAUGGGGCCGUUCUGGGGAGGGGCCUGCCUCUACUGUGCCCGGCAGUGGCUGGGCCUCCGACUAUCCUCAGCGUCUUUACUCUUUUUGGCACCAGCUGCCCCCUUUCAGUGUCUCAGGUACCAAGAGGCUGUUGCCAAGCUCCACCUGCCCCAGGUGACAAGGAAACCUCUGGGCACGUCCCGGCCUUGUACUCAUGCAGGACUUGGGGAGUGCAGGCUCUGGGUCAGUUCUGUUCAGGGCCUGAGGUCGCCACCACCCCCCAUCCCGGUGCUGCCAGAAAGGCCCUGCUCCCUUGUCUCCACACCAUGAGAGUGGCCUCACCUUGCUGCCCCAGCCAGGGAAGUGGGCAAAGGGCAGGGGCCCUGCACCUCAGAGCUUGUCCUGGUGGCAUGUGACUGUCAAUAAAGCUUAGGUUUGUAAAGAUG